ACACUGGGAAACCUUUGGACCACUCCCCCUGUUGCUGAUGAUCAUUCCCGGCUAAGGCUGAGCCACCAUGGCCACGUCAACCAUCAAAGAGUUUCUUGUAACUUACUUAAUGCCAGAAAAAUGCUACUACGAGCUCUUCCUGAACUUUCACUUUCACGUGCCAUGCCUAAAGUUCGUACUAAACAAAACUGCCGGAUUCUGGAUCAUACUGGACACAUUCCUGGCACAACUGCCUCAGUUGAUAAAGAUGUUAUGGGGAGGAAGUGCAGAGGGUCUGAGUCUUAGCGCCUUCUUCUUGCAGCUUUAUGCUUUCUCGUGUCCUGUUGUGUACGCUAUGGCCAACAACUUCCCACUCUUUGCCUGGGCUGAUAGGCUCUUCAUGCUUGCCCAGACAGUGGCGAUCGUCUUCCUCAUCCUCCAUUAUCGCGGUGAUACGGUCCGAGGAGUUCUGCUCCUCUUUGCUCUCUGUGGUGUAAUGCUCCUCCUGCGCUCCUAUGCAGCAGCAGCAGUCAUCUCAGUGAUACAGGCCUCCAGUUUGGCGGCUUUCAUUGCAAGCAAGGUUCUCCAGGCUACAACAAACUAUCACAACGGCCACACGGGUCAACUAUCCACUCUGUCAGUGUUGCUUUCAUUUGCAGGCUGUCUGGGUGUGGCCUUUGUUUCUUUACAGGAAAAUGGAAACUCUCCUGUGAGUUUGUCACACAUACUGUCAGCCUGUCUCAGCUGUGUCCUUCUGGCUCAGAUCCUCUGCUACAAGGCCGGCGCUGUCAGCACUACAAAGAAGACAGUGUAGAGCACGGAAGACUUUCGUUUGGCUGAGGUAUCUGAAACUACAGCAAAGAUUUCUGGCACAACUUCACCUACUUCCAAGGUGCAUGGAGAGGAUGAAAGAAUUCACAAUGCAGGAACUCCAGCAAGACUUAAGGGAAGAUGAACAACUUUAAUAAUUGACCAACGCGUUUCGGCUUGUGGCUUUCAUCAGGGUCAUGGUAAAACAUUGUAGAAAAUUGCUUAAAUACAAGACAGGAAAAAUAAAAAAAUAAAAAUUAACCAAUCAAAACUUCAUAGAUAGAUCAGAUGACAUAUAACAGGUAGGUAAUGAUUAAUUGGUUAAGUCACGCAAAAGUAAAUACUGGACUAGAUCAUUAAUGAUGAGGAGGGGAGGAGACAUAAUCCCCACCUGUCUCAAUAUAACACGUGUGAAAUACAUAAGAAGAAUACUAUGAAUAUACAAAAAAAAAGGGACAAGGCAGUAUUUAAUAAUAAAAGGAGGUUCAUCUAGCAGUUGAAUUAAAAAACAAGAGGACAUCAUCCCAUAGGAACACAUUUGUUAAAAGGUCCUAAUUUAUGUCUCUAAAAUGUAGAGUUAAAAUGUAGACUUAAGAUGUCUAGAAUGCUACUCCGUUGGCUGAAAAAAUAAAUAAAUUUAAUCAAAUAAACAUUACCCAUGCGAGAAUAAUUUAACUGAUAAAAUUAGAAUAAAAACUUAAAAAAGGUUCAGCUCACAAAAACUCAUUGAUAGAAAAAUCCUCAUUCAUACCUCUGGGGUGCAGACUCUUAAAGCGGAAUAUCCAAAAUGCUUUUUUUCUGGAUAAAGUUAAUAUUACCACCUCUUUGGUUUAGUUUAAUGGCUUCAAUGCAUAGAAACAAUAAUGGUGAAUUUGGAUGUUUAUCAUUGAAGUGUCUUGCAACAUGGCUGGUUAGAUCAAGCCUUUUGAUCGAACAUCUGUGUUCAUUAAUUCGAUCUUUCAGAGGGCAGGAUGUUUCUCCUAUAUUCAUUUUAUUGCAUGGGCACUGUAUCAUGUAGAUUACAUUUUCAGUUCUGCAUGUGAUAAGUAUCCGAAACUACACAAGGACUGGACUAAAAAUCAGUGGCAGCAGGUCUUAUGAAGAGAUGAAAUCAAAUUCGAUAUUCUAUUUAGUUCAGAUCAUCAAUAUGUAUGGACGAGGGUAGAAUUGUACAAUCUCUAUUUUUGCUUUUUACACUGGAUUUUCAUGCGAGUUCCUGAUUUUCACUAGCAAAAUAUGAAGAAAUAAGGUUUGUCAUGAACAUUUGCACAGUAUUGUGUAACUGUGAAAUAUUGGUCAACUGUUUUUCUCAGUCAUUUUUUGUAAAAGUGUACAGUAUUA